UGGAGGAAAAUAUUGACAAUUAUUGACGGUUUCGAACAGAGGGAAGUUCUCCUCGUGUUUAUUGUCAACUGCACGAGUCAGAAAGGAGCACGUGGAAGGAGAAGGUGGAUCUAUGGGUGGAAUACGUUUUCUUGGAUUAGUUCUCGUUUUCGCUUUGAUAGCUGGAAAGGGAAGGACGGAACAGCAACGUAACGAUGAAGAACAUGAUCAGGUAUCAGCGGGCUCUGAAAACACAUACCAGGCGACAACUGAACCCGUCUUACAAGUUGUUCAGUCUGCGGAGAGAAGAAUGAGUCUUGAAGACUUUUUCCUCAACCGAAACCAGCAGCCUCAGCAACCUCAACAACCUGAGGCACCCCAAGUUCAAGAAGUGCCAUUGACUCAAUUUCAAGUCCAGCAACCUAAUCCAAACAGUGUAUUAUUGGUGAGAGAUACCCAGUUUCCUAAUCCUAGAGGGGGUCUUCUUUCAAGGAUUCUGCUGGCAAGAAGAAUGCUUCGUCUGAGGAGGAUAGCUAGAAGAUUAGCCAUUGUACCUCGAAUGCUGAGACUUGGACAGCAAUUACGGCAGGCUCGGCAGCCUCUAGGAUUAUUCAGUAAUCGUGUUGGAGAAACAUACCAGCAGCCUUACGACCCAAGAGACUACGUAUUUGGCAAAAAUGGUUUUAGUUACAGCAAUAAUGCGUCAGGAAGUCAACAGAAUUACAACGCAGAUCAGCAACAACAACAAAGUCGAGGCUAUGCUUUGGAAGCGGAACCUUACUAUGAUCCUGCUAAUGAUGCUCCUUAUGAAUUAUAUGACGACCACUCUAACAUAAGAGGUAUCGAUAGCUAUGAAAAUGAUGAUUUAAGUUUGAAUUUGCAAAAUCCAAAUUUAAAUACGAUUAACACAAAUUUUGCAAACAAUGGACCGAACGCAUUACAAGGAUUAGAUACCGACAGACUCAACCAGCAAUUGUUGUUACAAAUUCAGCAAUUACAAAAGUAUCAGCAACUCCUACAGCAACAACAACCUUUACUUCAACAAAAUGAUCAACAGGUUCACAAUGAGAAUCAACAAAAUCUUCAUCAACAACAAUUACUGAAUCAACAACAAAAUCUUCAUCAACAACAAUUACUGAAUCCACAACAAAAUCUUCAUCAACAAAAAUUGCUGAAUCAACAACAAAAUCUUCAUCAACAACAAUUACUGAAUCAACAACAAAGCCACACUCUUAAUAAUCCUGUGCAGCCGCAUCAACAACCAAGCCUUACUCUUAAUAAUCCCAGGGAUCAUCAGCAGCCACUUAAUCAUUACCAAGGGUCGCAAGCUGACAAUGUGCAACAAAAUGUACAAGAUCAGCAAUCGCAAUUAGCCCAUGAACAACAACUUCAGCUUCUACGUGACCAACAGCUUCAACUAGAGCGGGAACAACAACUUCGGCAGCAACUACUAAAAUUACAAGAGCUGCAAGCACAGCAAGCACUUUUCCAGCAGCAGCAACAGCAACAACAACAGCAGAACAUCCAACCAAAUCAAGCUAUUUCUAACGAACAACCUCAAAACUAUCAACAACAUCAAAUAGGUCAACAGCAAAAUGUUGACCCCCAACAAAGCACUCCUUCCGCUCAUAGGAAUUUAAACAACGAUUUUGGAUCUUCCUUGGUUAUUGAAAAUUCUGGAAGUAAUAAUAUCGGAACAAGUGCUAAUAUUAUUGGUGUUGGCGUAAAUGUUGGAAUUAAACCUCCAGCUGUUGAUGUUCAAGUUACAAAACCAGUAUCUCCAAUAAUCCAACCUCUACCACCAAUUGUGAAUCCUAUUGCUCCAAAGCCCGUGCCUGCAGCCCCAGCUCCAGUAGAAGAACCUCUAGUUCCUAUUGGAAUAUUACCUAAACCCAUUCUGAAUUUAAAAGGAAGGGUAUUUUUUGGAGCCGAAGUAGGCAAAGGUGUUAAUGUUAAAACAGGUGCAGGACGAUGAAUAUAAAUUCAUAUGAUUAGGAGUGACUAUGCAUUUAAUUUUUUCUAUAGUAAAAGUGAAUGUAUGUUCAAUUCUGAGAUGUGGUGGCCAACUGUAAGGACAGACAUAGUCGAAACAUUUCCUCAAUCGCAUCAACUAAUGGUGCAGAAAAUAACUCAUAUUAUAGCAGUUAGUGCUAAAUGACGAAUUACUUACUGCAUCAUAAUGAAGAUUGUUUGCUCAUAGUCCGUAAUGCACAAGUAAAAAAUACAACUUAAAAUAAAAUGGGAAAGAAACUAUUUGUUAAAAUAAGUAAAAAUACGUUACUAUUCAAACUUUUGUGAAUUUUUAAAAACUACUAUACAAAAGUGCUAGGCUUAGUUUAAUAUUUCAGUAAGCGUAGCUUAAUGUGAUCCCGUUUGUCCAUGUUUAUUUUGACAACAUUAAACAAUGAGAAACAGCUCCUUCAAAAUAUCAAUAAAAUGUAACUUAUUUAGUAUAAAUAUAACCAGAAACAUACUAAGAUUUAUUUCCACAGCAUUUUAACUAGGAAAAUACAAUAAUAAGUUUGUUUGUGAAUUGUUUUUAACGUUUUUGGAAAUCAUUUGGCCGAGGCUUUAUCCCCGAUCUUAAUAUUGGGAAGGCAUCUUGAAGGCUUGAAUUUAAGUAAAAAAGCAACCUUAGUUCAUCGUAGAUGUUAUCAUGGAUUUUUUUACCAAGGGAAAAGAAAACUUUCUGCAGAUUUCUUUUUUUUUUCUUUUUUUUUCAGAGGAAGAACUACUCGUUCUGA